UGCUCAGAGCUUUAUCUCACUGGGAGUUGUCUUCGGACAUCUGUGCCAUGGGUGUGAAGAUGCUGCAGUGUUUUCCUUUCUACAGACGCUGCAAAGAGCGGUGCAAGAGCAGGCAGUGCCCCCCCGCGGCAGUUCCCAUUGAGGAGAUGAAGCCCCGUCUGUGCUCGACGACAUCCUCGGGCAGCGAAAGUGAAGGAGCAGGAAGCCUGAGUCGGGGCUCCCAGAUAUACUUCUCCACCAAGGCCAGGCUGUCUUUUAGACACCAGCUGGACAGCAACAUCAACGCAGUGGACGCCACCUACUGAGGAGGACGAAGGGCUGAAGAGGAGAUAAAUGGACUCCUGUGUUUAAAAGUUUCCCAUUGCCCAUUCAUGCUUGGACGCUGCGGUGCGGACUGUUAGCUGAGCGAUUGCAUCUAUCGCCACCCUUAGAUGUGAUCAACAAUAGUUGUGCACGACCACUUGUUUACAGAAUUCACAACCAAAAAGUGCAUUACUUUUUUUUUUAUUGUUUCUUUUUUUAUUUCUUUUUUU